AUGUUUCAACAGAUCUGGUGGCUGGAUCCAGAACUGACGUAUGGCAAUGCCAAGCCAUUUGUCUUCACGCAGGGCCACUCCGUGUGUAACCGGUCUUUCUUCCCCUGCUUUGACACACCAGCAGUGAAAUGUACCUAUUCCGCUACUGUCAAGGCUCCAGCAGGCAUACAGGUAUUGAUGAGUGCCACCCAAAGUACCUACUUAGGAGAAGAAGGUGUCUAUCAGUUUUACAUGGAAUAUCCAGUACCUGCCUACCUAGUGGCCCUGGUGGCAGGAGACCUUAUACAUGCAGACAUAGGUCCAAGGAGCAGAGUGUGGGCAGAGCCUUGCCUGCUACCAACAGCCAUCAGCAAGCUUUCUGGCAUUGUUGAGCGCUGGUUGACUGCUGCAGAGAGUCUGUAUGGCCCAUAUAUAUGGGGAAGAUAUGACAUUGUUUUUCUUCCUCCAUCUUUCCCUAUUGUUGCCAUGGAAAACCCAUGCCUGACCUUCAUCAUCUCUUCCAUUCUGGAGAGCGAUGAGUUUUUGAUCAUUGACGUCAUUCAUGAAGUUGCCCACAGCUGGUUUGGAAAUGCAGUCACCAAUGCUACAUGGGAGGAGAUGUGGCUGAGCGAGGGGCUAGCCACGUAUGCACAGCGCCGGAUCACCACUGAGACUUACGGAGCUGCCUUCACGUGUUUGGAGACUGCAUUCCGCCUUGAUGCUCUCCACAGACAGAUGAAGCUCCUUGGAGAAGACAACCCGGUCAGCAAGCUUCAGGUUAAACUGGAGCCAGGUGUAAAUCCUAGUAAUUUAAUGAACCUUUUCACCUAUGAGAAAGGCUACUGCUUUGUUUACUACCUGUCCCAGCUCUGUGGUGACCCAAGACACUUUGAUUCCUUCCUAAGAGCCUAUAUUGAGAAGUACAAAUUUACCAGUGUUGUGGCUCAAGAUCUUCUGGAUUCCUUCCUGAGUUACUUUCCAGAGCUGAAAGAGCAAUGUGUUGAGAGCAAAGCAGGACUGGAGUUUGAACGUUGGCUCAAUGCUACAGGACCUCCGUUAGCUGAGCCAGACUUAUCUCAGGGAUCCAGUCUGACCAGACCAGUGGAGAUGCUCUUCAAACUCUGGACCACAGAGCCUCUGGACUCUGUUGCUGCUGCCAGCAGUGUUGACCUCACUAAAUGGAGAACGUUCCAAACCGUGCUUUUCUUGGACAGAUUGCUGGAUGGGUCACCACUGCCACAUGAGGUGAUAAAAAAGCUUUCGGAAUGUUACUCCGCUCAGCUGGACUCCAUGAAUGCAGAAAUCCGUAUCCGCUGGUUGCAGAUUGUAGUCCGAAAUGACUAUUAUCCAGACCUUUACAAAGUCCGUCGCUUCUUGGAAAACCAGAUGUCACGGAUGUACACAAUUCCACUUUAUGAGGACCUUUGCACUGGCACCCUCAAGUCUUUUGCCUUAGAAAUUUUUUACCAGACCCAAAACCAGCUGCACCCCAAUUUGCGGAAAACCAUCCAACAGAUCUUAUCACAGGGCUUGAAUCCACUUCCUGCCAUAGACACUACAGCAGUCGCUACAGACACACCAGCAAUGGUGCUUGAGGACAAAGUCUCAGAGGCCACAAAUGGUGCCAUUUCACUCAGGGAUGUUAAUGUGUCUGCUUAG